AAAAAAUUAUCGCGAAUUGGAAAAUUGGUAAUUUUACGUGGAAAAUUAGUGGACAAGUAUCGGAACAAAAUACGUGCCUUGAAACUUAUUAACGAAUGGAAACCACUAUCAAAUGAUUUACAAGAGCAUAAAACUGAAAGUUCGGACUCAGAUGAAGGUAAGUCUUAGUAUAUAUGAUUCUACCUAUAAAGGUAGUUUUUUAAAAAAUUUAUAUAUCUGUCAACUCAAAAUUACGUUUUAUUCAUUAAAUUAAUGUGGAAUGUUUAUAUACUAAAUUCUUUAUCAUUUUAUAGAAGCUAUUCUUGAAGCUAAAGCAUGGCUGCAAAAUCAUUCAAUGCCAUUGGAAAUUAUUCUUACAAAUUGGAAACUCACUGCUGAAUAUCGACGAAAAAGUAUAAAAUCAAACAGAGAUUUAAAAUUAAAUCAAAUUUUUGAAAACUGGCCCAUUCUCAAACAUCCAAAUGCAUAUACGUUAAUUGAAGAAGAUUACUCUUCUCUAAAUUUAUCAACGUUAGAAUUAACGUUGGAAAGUUGGAAAACUUUUUUUGCAAAAAUUUUAACUGUUCGGCCACCAAAGAAAGAUGAUGACAAUGCGCAAAUUUUGAUGGAUUUAAUUCAAUGCGAUGAAUUGACAGACAGUAGGAAACUUCUCUCGCAUCUACUUCCACCUAAAGGUCGAAUUCGUUUAAAAAAAGAUCAGUGGAAACCCUCUAUACCUGAGUGUAAAGACAGCAUUAUUAUUUCAAUUACUUUAAUAGCAGAUAUCACAAAAGUACAAGAACAGAAAAGAAAAAAAGCUGCAGAUCUAGGAAUUACAUUGCAACCUUUUAUCAUUGCUGUUGGCCCAUCCAACGAUAUUUCUGAUAUUUUUAUAUCCGUUGAUGACACUUUGUACAAGGUACCGUCAGCCUUAAAAGCUAUAGACUUGUGUUAUAAAAUCUUUCAAGUAUUCGACGUUGAAUAUCCGAUUGAAAGCGCUCACAUUUGGUUAUUAUUUCAAAGAGUUUUAUAUAAUUAUGAAAAUAGUUUAGAUAAAAUGACUCCGAAUAUAACGGAAAUAAUAAGUGAUAUGACAUUUCAUAAGGACACAUAGAUAGUCAGACAUAAAAAGCUUUAUUUUCUUUACGUUUUAGUUUAAACAAAUUAUAUUUAAAACUCUCCACGUGAUAAAAGUUUUUGUGCAUACA